GGGCGAAAAGUGCAAUCUCAGAGAGAUGCCACUGAUAUCGCCCAGAGCUCAGUGCAGCUGUGAGGAGAGCAAAAGAGAGAAAGGGAGGGAGCGUUAGCAUCACAGCAGGAGAAAAGGAGGGAAAUUCACAUGGAGGAGGGGUUUCACCAGGAGAGAGCGAGCUUAGAAGAGAUGGUGAGAAAAAAGCAAGAGAGAGAGAGAGAGAGAGGCUGUGUGUGUUAGAGGGAGGAAGAUGCUGUUGCCAGGGAACAGCAGUGAAGUAGACACGUUCAUCUCUUCCAGCUUGUGUUUUGCAGGAGGAUAAAAAAGAGAACCCAGAUUAAAUCAUGGAUGCCAAAUGGACUGAACGUGAGGAAAACAGCUGAUCGGGACAAAGACAAUCGUAAAGAAGGUAGGCAGGUGUGAUUACAUAACCUCCAUACCACAGCUCCCAUUUGGGUGACAUCAUCACAGCAGGAUUAGAGCCCUGGGGUAGGAGCAUUAGUGUUGGCGGGAGAAGGGAGGAGGGGGGGGAUUCAGCAGAGAGAAGCAGAAGUAAAUGGUAGAAAAAAGAGAGAGAGAGAGGGCGAGAGUGAUCAUCAUGAGACGAGCUAAAAGCGCAGGGAGAGGAUUAUCUUUUGUCCAAAAAGCAGCGAGGGAUCUGACUGGCAGAGGAGGGAGGAAAGAUGAGAGCAGGAUGGCGUUUGCUGCAUGUUGACCCUGACUUCCCUGACUGUCAUUCUCUCUACAGGAGGAUACCAUUUCUCCGUCAGCUUACAUCUAGCGCUUCAGUAGACGACCAGACUCAUCAAGCGGAGAUCCUGAGCAAGACUGGAGGGUUGAACCUCCGGAUGUAAACAGUGAUGACCCUCAGUCUGCUCGGGCAGAUUUAAGGACGAGGAGGAAAGACAGAGGAGCAAUUACAGGGACGCUUUUAACUCGGUGAAGAGGAAGCCUUCCUUGUUACAGUAGGUGAGUAUCCUGCAUUUGCAUGGCCCACGAUUUAUCUGCAUGGAGCUUGAUGAAAUGUCUCUGUAUCAGGGACAGAUUCUAAAUCGAACUUGUGGUUUAUAGUGAUGAGAAAGUGUCUGCCUGUAUUUGUCAUAGAAAAGGUGAGAGUCGUGACAGCCUGUCUCCUCAUAAACACACCCAAAUAGUCUCUCUAUCAGCUUCCAAAGGAGUAACCCACACAGUUAAAUUAAUACAGUUUUUUUAGAGAUGAUGCGCUAAAGGCUUUCAUGAGCUGAUCUGGAACAUUCAAGCAGAUAUAUUAUAACCAAUGAGAGGUGGUUUGGUCACUGUCAUUCAAAUCUGAUCAAACUGUAGCUAUCCAGUCCUUUCAAAGCUUCAAAAGAGCUUUAAUAAUCAGGAGUUAAACUCUUAUUAAUGAUAUUUUAAUAAGUUCUAGUGUUUGAUUUGGUGUUUUUAAUCAUCCAUAUUACAUCUGAAGAGAUCUUAAGUCUCUGUUAUCAAGUUGCACUCAUUCAAGUUGUAAAAGGCCUUAUCAAAUCAUGAUUUCUCAGCCUAGUUUUCAUAUUCUGUGGCUCUUUUGAUGCUUAUCUCCAAGCUGCGAGCCAUGUAAAUGAUUUCAUGAAGCAGAAGAGAGAGGAGGAAUACAAUGAUGUUCUAUUCAAGAGGACAUUUUGCUUCAGCGUGUCAUGGGACUUUGGAAACACAAAAAUAUUCACCGAAACAAGUAGAACAAAGAUUACACUUCUGUAACUUUUUUUAGAGUUCGGUAUCAUGUGGAUUAAACACAGUUUUGGGUGAAAAGCUCCCAAGAUAGCGUUUGGAAAAUGAAGGCCGCUCUGCCAUCUGGACUCAAAUCCCUACCGAACACGUGCAAGUGCAACGUUACUUAGAGUCCAUCAAUCAGCAGUUCACUGUGUGAGCAGCUGAGCCAUCUGCACAAACAGAACACACACGCAUUGAUCUGCUGUUUCCGUGUGGGUUUCCCUCUUUAUUCUCUGCGUGUGACCCCCUCUUUCAUUAUAAAUUUAGACCUGACGAUGAUCAAACCAUUUCUUAACAAGAGUAAAGUGUGAGAACCAAAGAGGGGACGGAGUCUUUUAAGUCAGGAGGAUCUUUAUUCAAGUGACAUCUCUGGAGUUCCCCAUCAAGCCCACAUCACACACUCUGCUCCUUCUAAAAGAUGAUACACUUCAAUACUGAACUAUCCUCCUCCAUUUUUUAAAUCCAAUCACAACACAGGAGCACGAGCAACAUGAAGCCUGAGGGCCGCUGCCUUUUAGCCCACUUUUUUUUCCCCCUCAAUAUAAGCACUGAUGUGUUUCGCUGUAGCACAUCAGUGCCAUCCCAGUGGACAAAUGGACUGUGGUUAACGUCUGCUGUUGCAUGAACUCUGACUGGGGCAGGGAUGUAGGAGGGAAACUCCUCCCCCCAAAUAUGCACAUUUCCAACACAAGACUGGCGCAUGAUGUUCACACUGUGCAUGAGUGGUCCCGAUGGACAGAACAGACCUAAACAGCUGAGGGCAUCCAGCAUCAUAUGGAGACUUUGUCAUUUCUGAUUUGAUUAUGUAAAAUAUGGAAGUUCAGAUCACCGCCUGCUCUCUGCCAGCACACGUGAUUUGUUUGUAUGGCCCUGAGGGACUAUAUGAGCAAUUUGGUGUUUUAUUUUUGUCUCCUUCCCCGGGGGGAUUUAGUGAGGAAACUCACUGGGACGUAAACUUGAUAAUAUGUGAUUUAUUUUGACAUGAUUUUACAAUUAUUGCUCGUGGCAAAAUAGAACAAGUGUCAGGAGAAAGUGUAGACUUUUCAUACAGAUUGCACAAAAAUGUUGGUUCUGGUCUUCAUCACAUCCUCAAUAGCUUGCCCUUGUAAACUGUUGGUUAUUUAAAUCUGAGAUAUAUCGGACUCUAUCAUGCGUAUUCCAAUUUUAUUAUUGCACUUUGUUAGAUUACAUCUCUGAAUUUGUUAGACUUCUAAAAACUGGUUAAAAAAAGACAUGCUGUGCUACUUUAUUAUUUGUUCAAGGUGAAAGACUCUGAAUACUACAUUUCCCACAAUGCAGCUAAAUUAGUCAUUCAUUAAACCCUCCCUGUCUAGCAAACACCCACAUCUUUUAAACUCCACACCUUCAGCCCAUAACACUAACUUACUUCUCCUCUACAAGUCUGAAGUCUCAGGACUAAAUUAGGAUAAUCCCGGUGUUUUCAUCAGGGUUCAGUUUUCGCUUCCGACAGCAGAGAGUGCUGUAUUUUUAAACAAGAUUUUAAUUUGUAGUUUUCUUCUAUUUUUCAUGCUUCUGUCGGCUACAGAGAGCUGAAACCCGUCCUCCCUGGCUGAGGAUGGGUACAGCAGACGUCACUUUACGCAUGGACAGCAUGGAGGUGAAGGACGAGUGGCAGGACGAGGACUUUCCCAGGUAAUUUGUUGUGUGAGAGCCUGUGUGUGUGUGUGUGUGUGUGUGUGUGUGUGUGUGUGUAUGUGCGUGGGUGUGUGUUGAUCUGAUUUUCAAUAAACCACUCCUGUAAUGAUGGAAAGUUAGACGUGUGUGUCUAAUGCUGAAACGCAGCAGGUGUGCUCUUUCCCUGUUACGUGAUGUGUCUGGAUGGUGUCAGUGAACACAAUAACAGGGAACAAAAGAGACGACAAACACAUCAGCGCCCCAAGAUGGAAAAAAUGGUUGACCACAUGUUUUAAAAAUAAGCAGAGGAAGCUGCCUCACAUGUAUCCACAGCGCAUUUGUACACAGUGAAGUCAACAUGUGAUGUCUUUCUGCUGGAAGUUAUCUUGGAGCUCACAAGACAUGAUCAUGUUCUCAUCUGAAAAAGCUUUUAUUGUACAGAUAUUGAAAAUCUCACAGGACUGAAAAGUAAAAGGGUUCUGCUGCUCAGUUUUUACUUCAUGAAUCACAAUAAAAGUAGCUGCCGACUCUUUAAAGUCCCAUCAAAAAACGUUUAAGACAGCUUCCACACUGCUUUUCUCUCUCUCUCUCCUCCCUGUUGUUUAAUCCACUCUUUAAUAUCUGCCGUUGCUAUCAUUAACUCCCUCCUACAAAGCUACUGACAACAUAAUAACAGCAAUUAUUCCAGCAGCACCAUCAACUAGCCCAUACUUGUGGUGUUUUAGGGUGUGUUUGUCUAUGCAUGCAUGUCUGCGAAAAAUGUUCUUCUCCCUCUGUGUACAGUGCAUGAGUGUGUGCGUGUGUGCGUGUGUGUGUGUCUGUGUGAGUGCUUUGUACUGUAAUCUAGCCCUCUGGUCCCUCAGCACCAACAGUUCAGCUGUCUUAUUAUAAUGUCAGAGGGGAGAGGGUAAUUACUGGUGCUGCUUUUUUAAAUAACCCAUAUUGUUUUUGAGGACAGACGAUCACAAUAGAGACACUCCAGAGACAAAAGGCGUAGUAGAAAAAACCUCUUCAUACUUUUUGCUCAGCCACUGUAUUUAUUUGUUAUCGCAAUUUCUUUUACAUGUCAGCGUGCAGAGCCAGCAGUCAUAGAAGGACUGAAACAAAAGUUAUAUAGGUUGCAGGAAAACAGUGUUAUCAUGUUUUUUCUGUUUUCCUGUAUGUCUCUGCAGGCCGCUUCCAGAGGAUGGAGAUGCCUCAUGUGGUCUCACUGACAACAGAACUCGUAAGUGGAAAAUAUUAAAGCCCCUUUGAGGAGUUUUUAUCUGGUUAUGAAACAGACAGGAUCGAUGAUGACCUACAAAAAAAGCAAAAUCUACAGCAUUGGCUUUCUAACUUCGAAACUCAUUCCUUUAAACUUUCCUUUCCCACUGCUCCAGAUCCUCCCACCAGUCUUAAUGUCGGGGAGUCCAUCGCCCAGCGUAAGCGCCGCACUCUGGUUGCUCCUGACAUGAAUCUCUCCCUGGAUCAGAGCGAAGGCUCUGUGCUCUCUGAUGACUUCCUGGAAACCCCCGAUGAUCUGGACAUCAACGUAGACGACAUUGAGACUCCAGACGAGACAGACUCGCUCGAGUUCAUCAACAAUGGCAAUGAGCUGGAGUGGGAAGGUCAGACAGAGCUUUUUUAGCAUUAAGUCCAUUUUAGAGAUUUAGAGAGGCAGAGUCGAAGAAGGACAGAACUUAUAUGAAGGUCAAAGGAUGAAGGGAGGAAGACACAAAUCAUCUUACCCUCAUCUCCUAAGUGUCUGCGGUUUGAGUUUUGCUGUAGUCCUCAAGAUAUUAUAUCUGCUUGGCUGCCCGAUCACAAACUGCUGCCAACUGUUGAAUAAAACAAAAAUGUUAAAAUGUUAUGACCCAUCACUGUCAGAUAGUUUUGUCUGGAGUAGCUGUUUAACCUUCAGUCAUUAAGAUGUAUUUCUUUCAGGGAUUUUUCUGUGUUUUCAUCUCUGAUACAAUAUAAUCAUACUGUAAGUAGAAAUGUCUCAGGCCUCAGUCGGCUUCAUGUCUACUGUUUUGUUUAAAAAAAUUAAUAAGGGCAAAAGAAAAGAUUUUAAAACAAACUCUGAUCACUAUCUUUACCCAUGUCACCUCUGGUCCAGACGACACUCCUGUGGCCACUGCCAAACGUCUUCCAGGUGAAGGAGAAGAGGAGCGAGAUUCAUCCGGUCGUCUGUGGCGAACAGUGAUUAUCGGCGAUCAGGAGCAGAGGAUUGACAUGCAGGUCAUCAGGCCAUACCUGAGGGUGGUCACACAUGGAGGUUAGUUCAAGACUGCUUUACAAAGUCCUACAAUCCAAAUUGAGUUAUUCUCACAUUUGUAGAUAUAUAGUCAUCCUUUGUCAUGUGGACGGAUGUCUUCUCUCAAAUGUGUUGGGGACAUAAUCAAAGUAACUUAAAAAAAGCCCCUGAGAGCUGGAAUGGCAGUUAUUGCUCUUUGCUUUGGUAUGACCCUUUUAUUUUUACAAGUUAUGCUGAGGAGGAUUAUUGUAACUCAGAAAAGGGUCAAAAGUCAACUCAGAGGUCAGUGUUAAAAAGUAGAAAAAAGGACUUCACUAUAGGCUAAAAAAAUGGCCACACAGGCCAGGAUGUGCCUGAAUGUUUGUUUUUUGUUUUUUUGCUGGACAAGAAAAAGUCUUUUUUAUUUCACCAAUUUUAUUACUCUCAUUGUUUAAAUACAUGCUUAAAAUACAGUAAAGGAGACUCAAAAAGACCUUGAUUUGUAGUCCAACAAUGAGAGUGUCUGCGUGGACAGUGGUUCCAUAAAGACAUAUGCCGACUGCUUUUACCAAACAAAUCAGUCCUGCAGUGAAUCCCACCUUCAGCAAAGUCAAAGUAUCUGGGAGAGAUCUGACUUCAGCUACAUAUCCAUUUAAGAGGAUGAAGACAGGUGUUUUCAUCUAGUUGCUGAUAAAAAUUAAAUCAAAAAAUGAGAUAAAACUGACAUCAUGAUGCAGUACUGCUCAAAUGUGCAACAAACUGUAUGCUCCAAAAUGAUUACACCACAACAUCAACAAAAACUAAUGAUCAUAACCUCCAUUUCAGCAGAUAAUAUCUUGCAGGAUCAUUAGAUUAACCUCAGUUACUUAAAGUGUCCCUGAUGAACUGACCACUCUCUGGUUCUGUCAACUGUGAAUCAAAUUUUACUCCAGAUUGAAAAGACUCUUGUUUUCAAAGCAAUCCUCUCAGCCACUUAAUAUCUGAACCGACUAAAGUAGGUUGUUGUCGACAGGUUAAACAAGAAAAUUCAACCGCAUGACUGUUGAUAAUUCCUUCCUGUUGUCUUGAAGUGGGUGUGUGAAACAUGAAAACCAAAAGAAUUCAAGAGAACUGGAGCAGCGUCAGGAGACAUUAGAACUCAAAAAGGAAAACAUGUUUACGCAGCUCAUUUCAUGCACCAGAGCAUCUCAUGUAGCUUUACAUCAAAACUAUGAAGCAUUAAUAGUGCUAACAAGGAGACGCUCGCAACCACCCACUCACAACAGGCAGCAACGAGCACAGGCAGUAAUUAAAAAUUAAAAGCAACAGUCAUGAAUAAAAACAAACACUGAAAACAAACUGUGUGAGAAAACCUUCAUGAAAUAUUAAAUACAACAUGCUGAAAUAAUGAAGACAACUGAACAAUCACAUCUCUGCUCGUUCUGCUGCUUUUAAAGAGAUGAAACCUGACUCUCUCCUCUCUUUCAGGUUAUUACGGUGAGGGUUUGAACGCCAUCAUCGUGUUUGCGGCCUGCUACCUUCCCGACAGCAGCUGUGAGGACUACACAUACAUCAUGGAGAAUCUCUUCCUGUAAGGGCUUUAUGAGUCUCAGAUGGGAAUUUCUUACAUGUGCAAGGAUUUUAUCUUGUAAAUCAUGUUUUGUCUUACAUGCUUGUUCAGUCUGAGUCAAGUCUGAGAUUGUUUAUUCUGUCCUCAGGUACGUUGUGAGCAGCCUGGAGCUGCUGGUGGCGGAGGAUUACAUGAUAGUUUACCUUAAUGGAGCUACUCCUCGUAGGAAGAUGCCCGGCAUCAGCUGGCUGAAGAGGUGCUACCAGAUGAUUGACAGAAAGUAAGAAAGACAAGACAUCCAGGUUUUUCACAAAUGUGACAGAAAUACUGUUCAAAUGUAAAACAGAUGUUUCUCAAGCUGAUGUUUCUAAAUGAUAAUUCCAUAAGAAGUGAAGCCUAAACAUCAAGAGAUCCCUUUAGUCUUCUCCGUCUUCUCCGUGUUAUUAAAUGGAAAAUGGCUUCAACUUUAAAGCCAGAAAUCAUGUCAAGUAGAUUGUUCUCAAAUCGGAUUUCUGUCUGACAAGUCUUUAUCAGGAUGAUUUAUGCCCUGGUGUUCACUCUUCCAGAAGUUUAGUUUUAAUUUAUCAGUCGAUGCUUUAAAAAGGACGUCAACAUCCUGACUGACAGCUCCAUUGUGCAGCGUUUCUGCAGUGUGGAGGCUUACAGCAAAGAGGAAAUGUAAUAAACUCUCCCACUCAAGAGUCGCUGAAAUUUCCAUAACCGUGAGCGUCUGCUUUGAACUGACACAUGAAGCUGUUCUGCUGCAGACAGUUUGGACCUGCGGGAUAUUUGCCACAAGUUAUUGCGAAUUUUGGUUAGAAAGGGGGUGAGACAUCAAUACUGCAGCGCCUCAUGUUGAUCCCUAAUGCCCAGACUAUGGCUCCACGCCGCAAUAACAGCUUAAUAUGUCAGUGAAUAUUGCAGAUGACUAGGAGGAGGAGGAGGAGGUGAAGAAGCAUCAUCUAUUUUAUGUAAAGAAGACAACAUAAAAAAAUCCUGUUAAUGUCAAAUUCUUCUGCAGACUGAGGAAGAAUCUGAAGUGUCUCAUCAUUGCUCACCCGACUUGGUUCAUUCGGACAGUCCUGGCCAUCUCUAGACCUUUCAUCAGGUGGGGAUACAUUCAGAAUGGUCGAUUAUGCAUCUGUUUUUCAGCCGAUACUCACUCCAAAAAACAAAUCAAAUAAACAAAAAGAAUAUCAAUCAAGGAGUCUUCUCAAUCAAGUAACUAUAAUAUGAAAUGAAGCUGUUUAAUGCAUAGAUCUACAACAAAAGUGUGAAUAAUUGGUACAUUGUCACUGUUUCCUGCAGCGUGAAGUUCAUGGACAAGAUCCGAUACGUUCACACUCUGGAUGAACUCAGCCAGAUCAUCCCAAUGGAGCAUGUGCAGAUUCCUGAGUGUGUGUCGCAGUAAGUACUCUUAGCCACCAGGCGUCACUGCUGAGACACUACACAGGUCUGUCUCAGCUCGUUUGAAGCACUGCAUGCCUUUGGUAAUUAGAGCUUGAAGGAAUGCUCACAGCACAUAGGUACAACUUAACCUGAGCCAAACUGUGUUUAAAUCAUCGAUGUAGUCUUCUUCCAAUUCGUUCGGAAACACUUAAACUAAAUAUACUUGAAAUCAUUGACACUUAUUUAUAAUAAAACUUAUUCAUGUGCUCUGUAAUUUCUCAAUUUCAACCAUAUUUCUGUUUCUACUAAGCAGCUGAAACCUAAUAUUACAGAGAGCAUGAAAAGUUCCGUCUGAUGGGGCAUUUACAAGACCAGGAUUUCUAAAAGAGACGACACUUAUACUGGUAUUAGUAUCCAUUGAGACUGUAAAGCUAAGUGUAGGUGGCUAAACUUUGGAAUUCAAUAUUUUUAGCUUGGUGUGUCUCAUAACCACAUAGUUUAGUGAGCACUGCAGCGAAUACGGUACUUCAACACAAGUAAAGGUUAAACUUGAACUGCAAAAUUCACUCUCGAGAGAAGUGUGUUGAUGUAUUGAAACAUCAGUGAGAUUUCCUUUUCUCAUUUUCAAGGUAUGAUGAGGAGAAGAUAAGAGCACAAAGGGAGAGGUGAGUAGAAGGUUGAUCUCAUGGGGAUUUCACUCUCAGGCUUUAAAAAUCCUACUGUAUUGCACUCUGUUUCCCCUGUAUGAAAGCGGUAACCUCUCAUAUUUCUCUCUCUUACUUACAGACUUGAGCAGGAGCAGAACCAGAAAAACUCAUCACUGCCUAAAGAAAGGUGAUCACAUUUGGCAGAACAAACAGUCCACUGCCAUUCUUGGUUAAAUAAGGAGUUCAUCUUCUACUACAGCAUUAACACUGAUAAUUUAAGGCUGUAACAUCUUCUACACAUGGUGCACGUCACGUGUUUAAUUGAUCUGAUUCAGUCAGUUUGCUCCGAGGAAUCGUUCAUGUCCUAAAUGGACUUCAUGACUUGUUAAAGUAUUUCUAUUGACUUAUGGCUCAACUUUAAUCUGUCAUUUCCAGGCCUAAGUCGAUGAUAGCAGACGUUGGCCGUGACAUCUGACAUUAAGGUAAGUGUUCUCAUUGACUUAACAACCUCCCUCAGCCUCGUCCAGGCUGGUUUGUAAUGUCAAACCACCGCAACUAAUCUCUGACAUACAGCAAAAUGUCCUCUUCUGUCCACAUGCACAUGCUUAGGUGUACAGAAAGAGGCAGGGGACAUUAAAUCACCCAAAUGCUAGACGCUUAGCUGUCCAGAGUUCAGGGUCAUGGACUCAAGGUCAACAGGGUCAGGGGUACCAGAAUCCAAAUCGGGUCAGAGUGGGACCACGAAGCAGAGAGAGAGUGAGAAAAAAGGUGUUUCUCACUGUGUCUUGUAGAAAAAUACUCAAGAACACACGAUUCUCUUUCGUGUUUCAUAGUUGAUUGAACAUUUUGUGAUUUUGGUCCAAAACAAGAAUUUUGAUGACAGGAUGAUAGGACCUCUGAGACUUUCCCCCCAGAGGUGGAGGAAGCCUCUGGUUUCAAAAGUAGAGCCAACACAGACGUGCCUUAGACCUAUAUUGUUUCUCAUCACUAGCAGGGUGAAAUUCUACAAGCUGUGAGAAGAAAUCUGAUUCCAUGAAGCUAGAGGGGAAAAAGGUCCACUUCUUGGUUGAUUUAUCACCACAACUGAUAUAUAACCGAUGCUCAUUUUGUAUAUAAUGACACUUUUUUUAUUUGUGAAUCUUUGGUACACAGCUAGUAGGUUGAGAAAAGGCAGAUGAUCAAUAACUCUUAUCGUGUCUGUCUUCUUAGUUUUCAUUCAGAUAUCCUCCUUUGUGGUUCCAAAGACUAUUUGAAUAAAAUGUUAAAGAAACUAAAUUUUCUUUUCUGAGAGGAUUUUGACUAAAGCACAACAUCUAUUUCUUUAUGAUCACUGUCAGUCAUCCUGACCAGCUCCUUCUCCCUUUUGCCAAGUCAUGUUUCACAUCUUUAAAUUGACUCUGUGAGCAAAUCCAAGAAAUGUUAGAUGAUCCUUACACAUCAUAUUCCCUCCACACAAAGUGUUACAUAAAGCACAGCUGCUCAUCUCUUUAAGCCCUCUGCACACAACAAAUCAAUUCUAUUUUUAAUGGUUUGUACCACCUACGUCUGGCAAAUUGAUCCGCACUGCACAGCCUGUCCUGAAAUCGAGGGAAAUACCUACCACAGCAGGGCUCAGGGGUAUGUCAGGGUGGGUAAGGUGGGCCAGUUAUUUUGGAACCCCCUCCCCUUACUUGUACGUUUCUAUCAGCCUCUAUAUAUCAAAGGAACUAUCAGCCGGGUGUCUGGCUGUCAGCCCAGGAAUGGACACAGACACCAGCCUCUUACUUAAUGUCAUGGAGGGAAGCAGGGGGAAAAUAAAUAGGCAAACUUGAUAUGUGUCAAGUUGUAUUUAGCUUAGAUUUUGUGCAUGCUUUAGACAAACUCAAGGGAGAUUAUCUCAGACUGUUGGGAUAAAAGUUACAGGGAAAAAAAGACAACUAAACUGUCUGUUUUGAUUACAGAGCUUUACAGCGACGAACCAAUGGGGAGCAAUCUCUCAGUAAAACAGGAACCAGCCUGCACCAACAUCAAACACUUGUUGAUGGGAUCAAAUCUCCCUAAUGGAUCCAUUACCCGCAAGACAAUCAUUUCUCAAAUACAGUACUGUCAGUGUCAUGCUUGCUUCUUACUUACAGUUAACUCAAACCAAAGCGUAAAAGGACAAAGCUACAUCAAAAAACUAUCAGCUCCUUGCAUGUCAAGUGGAGCUUUACCUACAGCAUGACUUCAAAUAUAAACAAACAGAACAUGAUCAACUAUGGACUCCAGCUCCAAAGUGUAAAUACUUGUAUAUAUGUAUUUUUGAGAGGUGAUUGCACACGUUUGGUUUUUGAAAAUGAACGGCAUGGGUGUCUUUCAGUUGAAUAGGAAAUAAUGUGCGAUGGUAUUGUUCUUCUUCGGUAAAUGUUGCUGAUGCAAACGUGUGUACACAGUUUUCCAGAGGUGGCAUGCUUGUUUGUAUCCUUCCGUCUCUGUCAGUUUUUAAGUUGUUUGCCAUCAUGUUUCAAUGGAGACUUUUACAAGAGGGAAAGCUAAAUUGUUAUCAAAGAAAUAUAUUUAAGGAGAGAGUCAAAAAGCUAAAGGUAUUAUUUAUGAAAAUGUGCCAUUUACUGUUUGUACAAAAAAUAAAGGAGUGAACUACAA